CGUUACCUGUUGUCAACGUAAGUUAGUACAACGUGUACAAAUUGUUGAACAUAUUCGAUAUCACUUAGAUCCGAAUACCUUUAAAUGUAAUAUAUGUGGAAAUGUUUUUCUAACUAGCCGUAAUUUAAAUUAUCACAUGCAUGAUAAACAUACAGACGAAGGUCAAAAACGUUCAUUCGAAUGCUCGAUUUGUCAAAAAGGUUUUACGAAAAAAGGUGCUCUCAAAAAGCACAUGGAAACACAUGAUACCGAUCAGACAUAUAAAUGUAGCCAAUGCGAAAAGGGAUUUUCCACCGAACAACGACGAAAAAUUCAUGAGCGUAAUGUACAUAAUGCUGAUCGGGUGUGUGAUCAAUGUGGAAAGACUUUACAUGGAGUGGCUGCACUUAAACAGCAUAUGCUCGAACAUGCUGGUGUUAAGAAACCAAAAUGGCCCUGUGAUCAGUGUAAUGCAGAACUGACAUCACAUUCUAGCUUAAAGCGCCACAAAACUGUUCAUGAAACAUCAAAAGUUUAUGCUUGUGAUGAAUGUGGUAAAAUUGCUCCCACCCAAAUGAGUUUGCAAAGUCAUAUACGUUAUUCUCAUAAGUUGGAGCGUAAAUUUAAAUGUACCAUUUGUGAUAAAGCUUUUAAGGUUCCUCAUGUUUUACGCGAACAUAUGGCUACUCACACUGGAGAGGAUUUGUAUCAGUGUCCACAUUGUCCUCAGACAUUUAAAGUUAAUGCCAAUAUGCAUCAUCAUCGCAAAAGAGUACAUCCGGUAGAAUGGGAAGAAGGUAGAAGAAGGUGGAUAUAUACUGGCAAAUUAAUCAGUGAAGAAUACCACAGUAAUAUGUGUUCCAAAGAGAGGAAUAGUAGGGUACUUUGCCUGGACUGUUGGCAACACAUAAAUGACUUUCAUGAAUUUCAUGAAACAGUUAUAAAAACGAGGUCAACGCUAGAGGACACUAGUUAUAUUCAGAAUUCUCCAUUGCACAUCAAGCUUGAAAAAGAACAAGUGACUAAUUUCGAUACAGGUGAUAGUGAGUUAAUGGAAUUUAAAGAAGUAAUAAUUAAUAAUGAUAUAGAACGUAUCGAGAAUCCCAAAGAGGAAGAAACAGAAUUGGUUGAUGAUAUAGAUGACGAAGAACAUGAUAAAAUUCCUUUAAGUGAGUUAUUAAAAGAACAAACCUCUUUAAAAUAUAACAAAGAAAAGGAUGCUUUAGACAAGGAAUAUAAAGAUAAAGCUCAUAGAUUGCGAAACUCAAAAGUUAAAGCUAAAGAAAGCUCAAAUUUAGAGUCUCAACCUAAUGAAGAAGAUGAUACGUUAAGUGAAAAAAGGAAAAAAUCCAAAGAUUCUGAACAUAUUAAACGCCUUCAUCCUGGCUUAAAGAAAUUUCGUAAACAUAAUGAAUUUAUAGCGGAAUGGAAAUCCCAGUUAGAAUGUGGUAAUUGUAAUGAAUCAUUUGACAAUUUCGAUUUAUUAAAGAUACAUUUUAAGGAGCAACAUAAUGCCAGAUGUUAUGUCAAAUGCUGUGAACGUACAUUUUAUCGUCGUUGUGCUUUGGUCGAACACAUACGUCUACAUAUUAAUCCGGAGACCUAUAAAUGUGAUAUUUGUGGUAAACCAAGUUCUAGUAAAUAUAAUCUUAAACUCCAUAAAAGAGCUUUACACGCAGAAACACAACAGACAUUUGAAUGUGAGAUUUGUCAAAAGAUUUUCAAGCAAAAGCAAAAUUUAGAACGUCAUGUGUUAAUCCAUGCUACGGGCAAUAAAGAUUUCAAAUGUGAGGAAUGUGGUAAAGCAUAUGUACUAGAAGUUCAACUCAAAGCUCACGUUAAAUUGGUUCACAAUGAUAACCGGGUUUGUGACCAGUGUGGUAAAACAUUGCACGGUAUUGGAGCUCUCAAAAAACAUCUAAAAGAACAUGAGGGCAUUGAAAAACCUAAAUUCCCCUGUGAGGAAUGUGGCGCCAUACUAGCUUCAAGUACUAAUUUAAAACAGCAUAAGGCAGCUUAUCACAGCGAUGGCUCAACCGUUUACGUUUGCAGUAUAUGUGGCAAAGUAUCAGGCAGUGAAAGAGGUCUAAUGCAUCAUAGAAAAUAUGUUCACGAAAAAGAAAGAAAAUAUAAAUGUCCUCAUUGUGAUAAGGGAUUUAAACGACCGAAAGAUUUACAAGAACAUGUUGCCACACAUACAGGUGAAGCUUUGUAUCAGUGCGCAGAUUGUCCGAAAACAUUUAAAAAAUCCUCGAAAUAUCAUCAUCAUCGUAAGACUGCACAUCCGCUGGAAUGGGAAAAGGGUAGAAAGUGUCGAGUAGAAAAACAAAAAAUCGAUUUUGAACAGGUUGUAAAACAAGUGAUAGUUUAAGGAAUCAUUUUAAUAAUAUGUUUUUGUUCAUUAAUCAACAUAAUAAUAACAUGGAUAAGCGUACAUUUUAUGUAUUCUGCACUAUAAACGAUCAAAAACAUUCCAUUUAGAAAGUCUGAGAGUCCUGAUAAUUUUCAAUAAAGCGGAAUAAAUAUAUCACUCUAAAC